AUGGCUCCGUGAGGGAGCGACCGGGAGCGGGUCGGGCGGCCUCUGCCCUGGGCGACGGUUGGGAAAAGGACAAAAGCCGUUGGCUGCCGUGACGUCACCGCCGCCCUUUUUAACCCUUCCGCGCCCGGCGCCUGUGGGGUAGGGGCUCAAUGCGCAGGCGCCGAGUCUGCUCCUGUCGCCGCCGGGCCGCCCCGGGAGCCCCGCCGUCAGCAUGAGCCAAGCCGCCGCCGCCGCCGCCGCCGCCCUGGCCCCGCCCGGCCCCACCUCCCGCGCCCUCCAUGUGGAGCUGCCCUCGCAGCAGCGGCGUCUUCGUCACCUGCGGAACAUUGCGGCACGGAACAUUGCUAAUAGGAAUGGCUUUCGUCUCUUGGAUACUUACUUCACUCUUCACUUGUGCGAUAAUACAAAGAUCUGUAAAGAAUUCUAUAAGAGUGAAGUAAUAAAGAACUCUCUGAAUCCAACAUGGCGAAGUCUUGACUUCGGUUUAAUGCCUGAUCGCCUUGAUACAUCCGUAUCUUGCUUUGUUGUGAGGAUAUGGGGUGGCAAGAAAGACGCUUACCAGCUGCUGAUUGAGUGGAAAGUCAAUCUCGAUGGACUCAAAUAUUUGGGCCAGCAGAUUCAUGCUCGUAGUCCAAAUGAAAUCAUUUUUGGGCUGAACGACGGUUACUACGGAGCCUCCUAUGAACAAAAGGGCCACACGGGAAUCCAGAAGAACAGCCUUCUCCAGGUGGAUCAAAACUGUGUGCGGAAUUCAUACGAUGUCUUCUCUUUGCUUAGGCUCCACCGGGCCCAGUGUGCAAUUAAACAGACUCAGGUAACUGUUCAGAAAAUAGGAAGAGAGAUUGAAGAGAAACUGAGGCUGACGUCAACAAGCAAUGAACUGAAAAAAGAAAGCGAGUGUUUACAGUUGAAGAUCUUGGUGCUUCGGAAUGAGCUGGAGAGACAGAAGAAAGCUCUGGGCCGAGAGGUGGCUUUAUUGCAUAAGAAACAAAGCACGCUGUAUGAACGAGGAAAUGCGUUUGAACAAGAAUAUCAGAAGCUCCGAACGGAUAAAGAACCCCUGCAGGAGCUGAGGAAAGAGUGCACUGCUAAGAGAGAGCAGUUCUUGAAGACCAAUGCGCAGCUGACCAUCAGAUGUCGGCAAUUACUCUCAGAGCUUUCCUAUAUCUACCCAAUAGAUUUGAAUGAUCAAAAGGAUUAUUUUAUCUGUGGAGUGAAGUUGCCCAAUUCUGAAGACUUUCAAGCGAAGGAUGAUGGAAGCAUUGCUGUUGCGUUGGGCUACACAGCUCACUUGGUCUCCAUGAUUUCCUUCUUCUUGCAAGUGCCGCUCAGGUAUCCAAUAAUCCACAAGGGCUCCAGGUCUGCAAUCAAAGAUAACAUCAACGACAAACUGACCGAGAAGGAAAGAGAAUUUCCACUGUAUCCAAAAGGAGAGAAGCUGCAGUUUGAGUACGGAGUCUAUCUUCUCAACAAAAAUAUUGCACAGCUAAGAUACCAACAUGGGCUGGUGACUCCAGAUCUGAGGCCAACACUUCCUAACCUGAAGAACUUCCUGGAGCACGGACUCAUGGUCAGGUGCGACCGGCAUCAUAUUUCCAGUGCCAUUCCAGUUCCAAAGAGACAAAGUUCUACAUUUGGGGGCUUGGAUGCUGGCUUCUCCAGCAGCCAUCCUUCUCCGGACAAGGGACUCCGAAAACGGGCCAACUCAGAGAACGAGAGAUUACAGUACAAGACUCCCCCACCGAGUUACAACUCUGCUUUAUCCCAGCCCGUUGCCAUUACGGGAGAACCUGACAAAAAGACGGGCUCUUUAUCCUCCUCUUUAGAUACCUCCACAGACUUCUCGAAAGAAAACAAAAAGGGAGAAGACUCGUGUAACAGUUUAAACGGAGAAAGCAGGCCCCUAAACAGUUCCCAGAAUCCGCAGGAAUCUUUUCUGGGAUCCUCUCGUGCAAUGAACGGUGCGGCAUUGCCCAGCGAGGACCCCAGCGCUGCAUCCAAUGAGCCACCUUGCCCCUUCCGUAGUCCCCUUGGGGCUGACCUCCUCUGCACGGUUGAGCAAGCCGAAGAGAUCAUGGGGAUGGAAGCCACCGGGUUUGGCACAGGGGACCAGCUGGAAGCCUUUAAUUACAUCCCCGUGGACCAUGCUGUGGCUGUGGAAUGUGAUGAGCAAGUCCUGGGGGAGUUUGAAGAGUUCUCCCGAAGGAUCUAUGCCUUGAACAAGGAUGCGCCCACCUUCCGCAGGCCACGGAAAGGUUCUGACAAAUGAGCGUUAGACCUCAGAGCCGUGGUGGCGGGGGCACGUUACCGAGGUGAACUAUCUGUCUGGAAUGAAGAUGAAACUUGCACUCAUAAUCCCUGACAUUUAUGGGCUGGGGAAAGGGGUAGAGGGGAGAAGAAUUGGGCUAUAAUUGUGGUGGGUGGGGGUGUCGAUUUUUAUUACACACGAUCAUGGUAUAUCCACAGUCCAGGUAAACGUAUACCACUUCCUGUCCUGGUUUUCUAUAUUUACACAUUUAUCUGGUGAGUUGGAUCAGGGUGUGUGUGUGUGCUUAAAUUUAUUAUUUCAACAAGGGUGUGUGUCUGCGUGUGUCUGUUUCUUACCUUCUCCGCGACUUGUUGCAUUCAGCUCGGCUGUGCAACCCUUUUCUAGUCCAGGGACCUGCUUGAAAGCAAGUGGGAAAUACAGCAGGGUGAGCUCACUCUCCGAACACCCUGGUAACGCAUGCAAGAUCUCCUUUCCCCACACCGUUUCUUUCCUUCUUUCCCACAUGCUCCUGUUGCCAGCAUUUCCGAGCAGUGGUGCAUGAGCUGUUGAAAUAAACACAUCUUGGGCAAAGCUUGUAAGCAAAAGCUUUGAUAUAAGUCACACUCGUGUGUGGGAGAUCGUUCCGAAUGCUUUUAGGUGGAGGAUCGGAGUCCCUGUGUGUAUGUGUAUUGUCCCCUCAAUCAUAGGAUUGAUUGGCUCCUGUCCAUCAUUUGAGUGUAAACCACGUGGUUUAUAUUGAAUGAGCAGAAACUUGCAAGGUUGUUCUUUUCCCCAAGCUAGGCCUGUGAAGUGAGGAUGCUGUUAACUUUUACAGCAUUAGAGCUCUGGAGUCGGCCUGGGAGAUGGCCAUUUGAAAAGCCGAUGUAUCUCAAGGGAGCCGAUCGACAUCCUAAAACAAUACUUUAAUAAAGAACAUUAUUUUCAGCCUCUGUCAAGCUGUGAAGCAGUUUACAAACAAGCCAGUCAGCCCGAUUUCGGUGCAAUAGAUUUGGGAUUAAGUUAAUUUUGUUAAUACUUCUGGGAGUCAACCAAUUACUGUUAUCUUUAAUCCUUUUUAAAAAAUCAGUUCCCCAGGCCAUCCAUGCAUUAAACAAGAGAUGUCUCCAACAAUCCAUCCGUGGGGCAAGUUUGACUCUAGAUGAGGUAGUUUACCACUGGCGAGCGUGUUUCCGACUGCACUAACGUCCAAGCAGAUUUUGGAGCCUGCUUGUGAUUCCUGAUGAAAUGCAUUUUGGAGUUCAGAUGUCUCUGGCUCUCGCUUUCUACAUUGUAUACUGAAGUCUGGGCUCAAUUGUGAGCUCAUAAAUAUAUAUAUAUAUAUAUAUAUGUAUAGCAGAAUAAAAGUUUAAUUUACUUCA